UUUCAGCUACCAUGACGUAUUUCACUCACGAAAUGAACCAAAUUAUGGGGCUUCAUCAUCCGGAAAUGGCGAUGCCCAAGUUCAAAAUGGUCGCCCUGGUCAGUGCUGCGAUGGAAGAAGCGGAUGACGUGUUUCCGGAGAUUGAAGUAGUUGUCAAGUGGAUCACCGACUUGUUCCCGUAUUACAAAGUGUUUCACGAUAUGUACAAAUGGGAGUUUGUUAAUCAUGUGGCCUGGGUUCUGGACACCGAACUGUGCUUUCGUCGAGAAAGAGACGUGAGAUCUGGACUAUGGGCUUAUGAAGACGGCAACAAGGAUAUUCUGGAUGUUGAGGAGGAGUUUCGAAAGGAUAUAGACGAGUUGAAGCAAUAUGUGGAGCAUCAGGUGGAAAUGACGGAUCUUGCUGGACGGAUGUAUUCGAUGUCCUCAACCGGGUGAUCUCUUGACAAGUUUUUCAUAAAAAUAUUUCAUUUAUACAUUAAUUCAACUUAUUCACUUUUUAGAUUUUAUUGAACCAAUUCUGUAUAUAAAAAAGUUUCCAGUUCAAAACAUUCCUACCAACAUAAAUUUCUUCCGGAAAAAUUGGAAAAAAA